AUGUCGGCUGCAGUCACCUCUCUCGCUGCGGGCACAACCACCGCCCAGCCCAACACCGCAUCCCUCGCCAGCAUCGGCAACGCAGCAGCUUCCGCCAGCGCGCUCGGCAUCCAGUCCUUCUAUCAAUCCAAGAUCCGAUCCUACGAGAUCCUCAUCAACCAAAAGACCCAGAACCUCCGCCGUCUUGAAGCGCAAAGAAACGCCCUCAAUGCGCGCGUCCGCCUCUUGCGCGAAGAGCUCCAGCUGCUCCAGGAGCCUGGCUCCUACGUCGGCGAAGUCGUGAAAGUCAUGGGCAAGAAAAAGGUGCUCGUCAAGGUGCAGCCAGAGGGCAAAUACGUCGUCGACAUUGCUUCCGACAUCGACAUCUCCACUCUCACUCCCACGCUCCGCGUCGCCCUCCGCUCCGACUCCUACACCCUCCACAAAGUGUUGCCCAACAAGAUCGACCCCCUCGUCUCCCUCAUGAUGGUCGAAAAGGUCCCCGACUCUACAUACGAGAUGGUCGGCGGUCUCGACCGCCAGAUCAAGGAGAUCAAGGAGGUCAUCGAGCUUCCCGUAAAGCAUCCCGAACUCUUUGAGGCUCUCGGAAUCGCUCAGCCAAAAGGUGUACUGCUCUACGGUCCUCCCGGCACCGGCAAGACGCUUCUCGCCCGUGCCGUCGCACACCACACCGACUGCCGCUUCAUCCGCGUAUCCGGCUCCGAGCUCGUCCAAAAGUACAUCGGAGAAGGCUCGCGCAUGGUGCGAGAGCUCUUCGUCAUGGCGCGAGAGCACGCCCCCUCGAUCAUCUUCAUGGACGAGAUCGACAGCAUCGGAUCGUCCCGAGGCGACGGCGGCUCGCGAGGCGGCGAUUCCGAGAUCGAGUUCCCUCCCCCGGGCCCCGAGGCACGUGUCUCGAUCCUGCGCAUCCACAGCCGAAAGAUGUCGUUGCAGCGCGGCAUCAACCUCCGCGCGCUCGCCGAAAAGAUGGGCCAGUGCUCCGGUGCCGAGGUGCGCGGCAUCUGCACCGAAGCCGGCAUGUACGCCUUGAGGGAGCGCCGCCAGCACGUCUCGCACGAAGACUUUGAGCUCGCCAUCGCCAAGGUCCUCCGUGCACAAGCAUCGUCCGAAACUUCGGUCAACAAGCUCUUCACAUGA